CCGUCGACCCAAUGGCGCGGCUGCGGCGUCAGUAAUGUGAAGCAGCGAACUGGCUCGUCCGGCCCUCGGGCCUGCAGCCCAUUACACCAUCCGCCGCGGCAGCUGCUGCAACGCGAACGGCCUGGGAGGGAGGGUGCAGACAGCUCCGCGGGGCGGGGCGGAGCGAGCAGCGCGGCCGGAUUCAUUCCUGUGGGGCGCGGGGCAUGGAGGAGCUGUGCGGCCGCAGGCGGAGUAGGACAUCCCAGGCGACGGGGACAACGGUUUCCAUUUGAAGGGGCGGCCGGAGCCGGAGCAGCCCCGGGGCAGUUCUCUAGUUUGGUGCUCUGCUUCUCCGAUGUUGGAAUGCGAUAGGACCGAACCUCCUCUCUGGGUUUUAUAUCCGUUCUGGAUCUCAGUGACUAACGUUGAACUUUGGCUCCUGUUACUUGCCUGCGUGGAGAGUUAAGCUGGAGCUUUGCUUUGAGCGAUAAAUAAAGCUUAGCCUCGACUGGACAUAAAUGGAUCUAAAGACAGCGGUGUUCAACGCAGCGCGCGAUGGCAAACUCCGGCUCCUCACCAAGUUGCUGGCAAGCAAAUCGAAAGCGGAGGUUUCCUCCUUGAUCUCGGAGAAAACAAAUGGGGCCACCCCACUCCUGAUGGCUGCUAGGUAUGGACACCUCGACAUGGUAGAAUUCCUUCUAGAGCAGUGUAGUGCUUCCAUAGAAGUCGGGGGCUCUGUUAACUUUGACGGGGAAACCAUCGAGGGGGCCCCCCCUUUAUGGGCCGCUUCUGCAGCAGGACAUCUGAAGGUUGUCCAGUCUUUGUUAAAUCAUGGAGCAUCUGUCAACAACACGACUUUAACCAACUCAACUCCUCUUCGAGCUGCGUGCUUCGAUGGCCAUUUGGAAAUAGUGAAAUACCUUGUAGAACACAAAGCCGAUUUGGAAGUGUCCAACCGCCAUGGGCAUACAUGCUUGAUGAUUUCAUGCUACAAAGGACACAAAGAGAUUGCUCAGUAUUUACUUGAAAAGGGGGCAGAUGUUAACAGAAAAAGUGUUAAAGGCAAUACUGCAUUACAUGAUUGUGCAGAGUCUGGAAGUUUGGACAUCAUGAAGAUGCUGCUUAUGUAUUGUGCCAAGAUGGAAAAAGAUGGCUACGGAAUGACUCCUCUUCUCUCAGCAAGUGUGACUGGUCACACUAAUAUUGUGGAUUUUCUUACGCACCAUGCCCAGACAAGCAAGACAGAACGUAUUAAUGCUCUAGAGCUUCUGGGAGCUACAUUUGUAGAUAAAAAAAGAGAUUUACUUGGGGCUUUGAAAUACUGGAAAAAGGCAAUGAACAUGAGGUACAGUGAUAGGACUAAUAUAAUUAGUAAACCAGUUCCACAGACACUAAUAAUGGCUUAUGACUAUGCCAAGGAGGUAAACAGUGCAGAAGAGUUAGAAGGUCUUAUUGCUGAUCCUGAUGAGAUGAGAAUGCAAGCGCUGUUAAUUAGAGAACGGAUUCUUGGUCCUUCUCAUCCCGAUACCUCUUACUACAUUAGAUAUAGGGGUGCUGUCUACGCUGACUCUGGGAAUUUUAAGCGAUGCAUCAACCUCUGGAAGUAUGCUUUGGAUAUGCAGCAGAGCAAUUUGGACCCUUUAAGCCCCAUGACUGCCAGCAGCUUACUGUCUUUCGCAGAGCUGUUCUCCUUUAUGCUACAGGACAGGGCUAAAGGCUUGCUGGGCACUACUGUUACAUUUGAUGAUCUCAUGGGCAUACUGUGCAAAAGUGUCCUUGAAAUUGAGCGAGCUAUCAAACAAACACAGUGUCCAGCUGACCCAUUGCAGUUAAAUAAGGCUCUUUCCAUCAUUUUGCACUUAAUUUGCUUAUUAGAAAAAGUUCCUUGUACUCUAGAACAGGAUCAUUUCAAAAAGCAGACCAUCUACCGGUUUCUUAAGCUGCAUCCAAGAGGAAAGAAUAACUUCAGCCCUCUGCAUCUGGCUGUGGACAAGAAUACUACUUGUGUAGGGCGGUACCCUGUUUGUAAGUUCCCAUCUCUGCAAGUUACUGCGAUACUGAUAGAAUGUGGUGCUGAUGUGAAUGUCAGAGACUCUGAUGACAACAGUCCCCUACAUAUCGCGGCUCUGAACAACCAUCCAGACAUCAUGAAUCUCCUUAUUAAAUCAGGUGCACAUUUUGAUGCCACAAACUUACACAAACAGACUGCCAGUGACUUGCUGGAUGAGAAGGAGAUAGCUAAAAAUUUGAUACAGCCCAUAAAUCAUACCACAUUGCAGUGUCUUGCUGCUCGUGUCAUCGUGAAUCAUAGAAUCUAUUACAAAGGGAACAUCCCAGAAAAGCUAGAGACCUUUGUUUCACUUCAUAGAUGAUAAUUCGAAUGUGCUUCAGCACCGUUAAAGCACGAAUUGGGAACAGUUGUUUCAUAAAUGAGCACUGUUGUGAUAACACCAGCAUUCAUUUAGCUUGAUAUCAUUGUGCUCUCAUUGGCUAAAGCAUUGUAAGCAUCAGAUUUGCAGGAUUGGUUUCCCAGUAUUUAAUAUAAAUAUACCGUAUAAUAUAUUGUUGUGAAUUAUUGAGAAAUGUAAUGUCAUAUUCAAAUUUCUAAAGUUGUCUGCCAAAGGCCAUUCUGAUUUUGUUUGCUGUUGGGUGUUUGGGACAGAGUUAACUGUUUUUCAGUGAUGUCUCUAUUUUACUAGUUUGUGAAUUUUAUACAAUUGGAAGUCAUCCUCCCCUAGCUCCCACUUCUGUCUUCAAGUUUUGCCUGUUUCCACUUUUUCUCCCCAACCAUUUCUGCUAUAGUGUUCCCUGAACCUUUGGGUCCAUGCUAAGUCAUAAACCUUAUGGACUUGUUUACCAUUUGCAGUUACCAUAAGUGCUUUAUCUUCUCUAUGCACCGGCUUAAACUGGGACUGUUGUGUGUUGGCAUAUUCUCUAUGCAGCAGUUGGUCAACUUCAACUCAAAACACUGUUUUCUUACGUUACGAAGUUCAUUUCACAAACGGACUCUUAGAGCGUGUCACUUUCUAGAGUUGCCGGUAAGCUGUUUGAGCUCAAGCUUUUUAAAAUUUUAUGUUUUGUUUUUGCUUUAUUUUUUCACAUCUGAGGUUUCUUUCUUCAGUCCACAGAAAAUUUGGGAAACAAAUCUAUUACAAGUCAUCAACCCUGUUGAAAUUUAGGUCUGUCAUCUUAGGGUCUCAUGCAGUAAAGGAAGACCUUUGUAGAGCGACCUGCCUUUCAUACCGCUCCAGCGUCGUCCUGCUUGUGCUGAUGGUGUGACUAGGUGUAGAGAAUCUGCUUCCGUUUAACCUCAGACGUUAUCACACAGCCUAAUGACUCACAUUGAGCUAUCAGUCAUCGAACUGCAAACCACUUUUAGUUACAAAGAGGCUAGAGCAUGUCAGUGGCAUGAUGCUUGCCAAGCCAGAUCUAGGCAUCUAAGAUAAUUACGGUAUUUUAGUAUGCAGUGUCCUACCAUAGGACCAGAGGUCAGUAACAGUGUUCUUUCUUUCUUCAGGUUUAUGUAUAUCUUUUAAAGAUAACGUGCAUGAAUUACUUUGAUCUCAAUUAUUUGUCACCCUAUUAAACACACGAGAUUGCACAGUGAUUUCUGUCCCCUUAAUGAAAGCGCCUCCUUCUGUUCCUCUUCCCCUCCCCCUUUUUUUUUUCCUAUUGUAGAUUUGUUAAUGCCGCAGAAAGGGCUCUUUUGACUUAAGAGAAGAUAAGUGGAAAUUAAAAAGAUUCAGGUAAUCACUCAGCACUUUACCGUGACUCAGUAGAAUUUACAGUGAAUGGUACAUUGCCCUACAUAUGUCAUAAAGAAUUUUUUCUGAAUGAAAAGUUUAUUGAUUCUAGCAGAGAGCCAGCUCGCCUGUGAACUUCAUGACCUGGGUCACUUGGAUUUAGGGAUGACAUUUUAUUCUGAGGGUUGAUGAACUGCUACUUAAAGAAUUACAAAUAAUGAAAUUCAUCUUUAUUCAGUAAAAAUUUAUAAUGGGUAGUAAAUAAAGAACAUUAGACUUUUCAUUAAACAAUUGAGGUUUAAUUCUUUAAAAUGUUUCCUUACUCAUUUUACUACAUUUUAAAUUACAUUUUACCUUUGGAAAAUGGACUAGUUAUCAAUGGGCUCUUUAAACUCUUCGAUGAAAAAGGUUUUUUACUGUUUUAUUUACCAUGGGCAAGUCUGAUAAAAUAUUUGAGCUGCUAUAUAUAAGAAUAAUAUGUCAUUUAGACAGAUAUCCUAACAAUAUUUUGAAAUCAUCUCCCUCUAAUGGAUGUUGUGAGAGUUACCUAUGAGUGAGCCACUUUUUUUUUUUUUUUUUUUAAAUAAAACUUGUCCAUUUUCAUGAGUCAUCAUUGAUUGAUUUCACUUUUUGGGUAAAAGAUGACAAUUUGAUUUUAGGGAUUUAAUGUCUUUCUCCCCUCUUUGCCCAGAAGAGUUUGGCUCACAAUCUCGUAGAGCAGGGCUCAUCAUAACACUGUGUUAGACAUGCACUGGAACUGCAUGGCCCUGUAUGAAAUGACCAUAUCUUUACUAGUAGCUUCCUUCGCUACGAAUAGAUAACAGAGCUGGUUCUUAGUCUUGAAAACUGCAGCGUUGCAUUGCAGUCAGGAUGCGGCUCUCCCUUUUCUGUUUGCCCUCUCCAGAAAUGCCACUUGGAGCUCUUGAAAAAGCUGUUUAGUAGCUCAAAUUAGCAUUGAAUUUAUUUUAGAGUGAAUUGGUUCAGGAGUGCAGCCUCAGAUAAUUGUUGGGGCCUUCAGAAAUGUGUGAGACCGAAUAAAAUAAAAUUCUGAAGUUUGUGGGGUUUUUUUGUUUUGUUUUUUGUUUUUUGUUUUUUUGUCCAUGGUGAGGAAAUGAUUUAAUUGUACUCAUUUGAAUCAAACAAAAUACACCUGGUAAUAUUGGCUGGAAUUAAUGUGCAGGUCUCAACAUUGUUUCUCCAGAAAUGCUUCUGAAUUUCAGAUGUUCUACAAUUUUGAUCAUUUCUAUAAAAGAAAUGGUUAUUUUAUUCAGAUACCAGUCUCCUUUCCAAAUGCAAAUGGAUUAUAGGUUUUAAAAUGUAAUUUUUUUGUUCUUACAUCUGACAAGCAUAGGCCGAGAUGUGCAAGAUAACUUUUACCCUUAUUGAUUUUGAAGUUAGGUGAUUGCUCAUUUGCAAAGAGUAAUACUUUUUAAAAGCCCAUUUCCUAUGAGUUGAGAAAUUGUUUAGGUUAUAUUUGGAAAUUUGGCUUUUUUAAAAAUCAAAUUGCCAGCAAAGCGCCUCAGUUUGAAUGCACACCUGUGUUAAUCUCUGCGAAUAGUUCCCAGCAGGGGCUGGGUGAGGAGUAUCGAUCUUAUACCCUGUUCAGCAGCACCAUUGCUUGGAACUCGAACCACUUUAAAGUUAGAUAAUAAGGAAACUUAGUAUCUCAGGUCUUAGUGUCAUAGAUACUAAGAAACUUGAAUUGCUUGUCAUCUUUUUUCCUUUUCUUUUUCCUCUUGUGUAUCACUAAACAACUAGUUUCUCUUCCGUUUGUUGGUUCCCAUUGUGUAUUUUUUAAAAGAAGUACUGUAUCCAGAUGCCAGCCAAUAAAUUGUCACACAAUGGAAAAACAAUAUGCCACAGCAUUGUAAGGUUUAAUAAAAUUAAAUUUGCACCAAACUUAAGUGUGCUCUCAUUAACUCGUAAUUUUUGGUGAGUGUUACCUUGAAAUAUAUUCCAGAGGAUUUCUCAAUUCCUGGAUUCCUUUUGAAAAAAUGCCUACUUGAUAACUUCAGCCAAUUAGAACUUACCCAUGCCAUUAUUACCAAUUCUGUGGUGUCAGUAAGAUGACUUGUGUACAGUUUACUGUAA